AUGUCCAACUCUCUUGAUCAAUUGAAGGCCACCGGCACCGUCGUUGUCGCUGACAGCGGUGACUUUGCCACCAUCGAGAAGUACAAGCCACAAGACGCCACCACCAACCCAUCUCUCAUCCUCGCCGCAUCGAAAAAGUCAGAGUACGCCAAGCUCAUCGACCAAGCGGUGCAAUAUGGCAAGAAACACGGCGGCAGCAAAGUCGAAGAUCAGGUCGAGGCCACAAUCGAUGCCCUACUCGUAGAAUUCGGCAGCGAGAUCUUGAAGAUCGUGCCUGGCAAGGUGUCGACGGAGGUGGAUGCUGCAUACUCCUUUGACAAGGAUGAGAGCAUCAAGAAGGCGUUGCACAUUAUCGAUCUCUACAAGGAGAAGGGCAUCGGAAAGGAGCGCAUCCUGAUCAAGCUCGCCUCGACAUGGGAGGGUAUCCAAGCCGCCCACGAGCUGUCAAGCAAGCACGGCAUCAACUGCAACCUCACCCUCAUGUUCUCCCUCGUCCAAGCCAUCGCCGCCGCCGAAGCCGGCGCCUUCCUCAUCUCCCCCUUCGUCGGCCGCAUCUUGGACUGGUACAAGGCCAACACCAAGACCGAGUACACCAAGGACAACGACCCGGGCGUCAAGUCCGUCCAGCAGAUCUUCAACUACUACAAGAAAUUCGGCUACAAGACCAUCGUCAUGGGAGCUUCUUUCCGCAACAUUGGUGAGAUCACCGAGUUGGCCGGCUGCGAUUACCUCACCAUUGCGCCCAAUCUUCUGGAGCAGCUGUAUAACAGCCAGGAUUCUGUUCCUCAGAAGUUGAAGUCGGAGGGUGCUUCGGAGUUGGAGUUGGAGAAGAAGAGCUACUUGAAGAACGAGGCGUUGUUCCGCUUCGACUUCAACGAGGAUACCAUGGCUGUGCACAAGUUGUCUGAGGGUAUCAGCAAGUUCGCUGCUGAUGCUAUCACACUCAAGGGGAUCCUCAAGGAGAAGCUUCAGGCUGCUUAG